GCUCCUUUUCUGUAUAUUAUCUUUACAGUAAAAACCCGCUCCUUCCUUGUCAGCUGCGCUCUUGGAGUUGCGAUCGGAUACAGUUGCACUUUCCCUCUUCGCCAUCAUGUCGUCCAACAAUGACGCUUCCAAGCCAGCAGAAGCCGGCGAGGCCAAUGCCGUCCAGCAGACCAACGGAGACGGCCCCGUGGAGCCGAAGGGAGACGAGGUCGCCAACGGCCACGCCGACACCAUAUUCCAGAUAACGGUCAAGCUGCCGCAUGCGCCGUAUGAGCACGCCAUCACUAUUUCGACAAGCGAACAGGUGCAGGACCUCCGCCAGGCCAUCAUCGAGACACCUCAGCUGUUCCAGUACUCCUGCUUCCAUCUGGAGAUCGAUGGCCAGCGCAUCAACGACUAUGUGGAGCUAUCCGAGGUCCCGGGUCUCAAGGCGGAUGCCGUCCUCACCCUCGUUGAGGACCCAUACACCGAGAAGGAGGCACGGAUGCACGUCAUUCGCGUUCGCGAGCUCAUUGGCGCCGCGGGAGACCGCACAGAUGCCCUCCACGGCAUCAUGGCUGGCAUGUCGCUGCACGACACCGUUGGGCAGGAAGCGUCAGGCAAAGGAGACGAGUCGACCGAGCAGACGCCCCUGAGCACCUACGACUUCAAGGCUGGCGGUUCAGUCAAGACACUGCAAGCACCGGCCCAGGAGCCUGCGCCAAAGACGAUCAAGUCCAUCUCCGUCUCACCCUGGAACCCCCCACCGUACCACCUGCGAUCCAAGGGCCAUCUUCUAUACCUCCUCCUCACCACCAACGAGAACGAGCAGCACCACAUCACAGCGACUGUUUCUGGCUUCUACGUCAACAAGUCGUCCAACGCCAAGUUUGACCCGUCUCCUCGGCAAGCACCCAAGGCCCACUCGGCCCACUCGCUCCUGACUCUUCUGGAAGAGCUCUCUCCUUCAUUCUCUCAAGCGUUCCAGUCAUACCUCGAGCACACCCAGAAGCGAGACCCACUCACUUUCUUCCAGCUUUCCAACGCGAUUCCAGCCAACCCGUGGUUGGUCCCUGCGGCUAACUCCCCGCAUACCACACAUCAGCCCGAUCUUGCGCGGACUCAGGAGAGCUAUCUGAUUUCGGGCGUAGAGAACACGGAGACGCUCCGUGAUUGGAAUGAGGAAUUUCAGUCGACCCGAGAGAUGCCCAAGGAGGCGGUUCAGGACCGUGUCUUCCGCGAGCGACUUACCUCGAAACUAUUUGCCGACUACAAUGAUGCCGCCACCCGCGGUGCUAUGCUCGUAGCCCGCGGAGAGAUUGCUCCUCUUAACCCUACCGAGGCCAGAGACGCGCAGAUCUUCGUCUACAACAACAUCUUCUACUCUUUCGGUGCUGACGGUGUUGGCACUUUCGGCACCGAGGGUGGCGACGAGGCUGCGCGUGUUGCGGUUGGCAAGGACGUCUUCGGUGUCCGCGCCGUCAACAACUUGGACAUUCCCAACUUGUUUACGUCCGGUACUGUCGUUGUAGACUACCUCGGCAAGCGCAUCGUUGGCCAGAGCAUUGUUCCAGGCAUCUUUAAGCAGCGUGACCCUGGAGAGCACCAGAUCGAUUAUGGCGCAGUUGAGGGCAAGGAGAUUGUCGCGGACGACAAGUCCUUCAUCCCCCUGUUUGAGCAGAUGUCCAAGGCACUCCGUGUCAAGAAGCAUCCUGUUUGGGACAAGGACAACGUACGACAUGAGCUCGAGGGUAGCGUCGAGACCAAGGGUCUUAUCGGUACCGACGGAAGGCGAUAUGCUCUCGACCUCUACCGUCUUACUCCCGUCGAUGUUAGCUGGAUUGAGGAGCACUGGAGCGAACCAUCUGAGGAUGGCAAGGAGAAGGAGGAAGGCAAGGACUACCCUCACCGCAUGGCAACCCUGCGACCAGAGCUUGUGGAGUCAUUCGGCCGCUUGAAGCUUCGCGAGUACGUUAAGAAGGAGCUCGAGAAGAAGGGCGAGGCCAAGAAGGAGAAGGAGGAGGAGAACAAGAAGACUGACGGCGAGUCGGACGAGGUCGCCAAGGAGGAAGCUGAGGCUGCUGACCAAGACCGCGUCGAUAUCUCUGGCUUCAGCUACGCUCUCAACCCGGAUGUUUUCUGUGGUCAACAUCCUCAAACCGAAGAGGACAAGGCUGAAUGGGCCAAGGAUGAGGCUGAGGUUCGCGCUGCCUGCAACCAUUUGCUCUUUGAGGUUAUGCCGCGUUUGAUCCAGGAGCUCAAGGACGGCGAUGUUGGAUUCCCAAUGGACGGCCAGUCGCUGAGCCUUCUGUUGCACAAGCGUGGUAUCAACAUCCGCUACCUAGGCGAGCUGGCGGAACUCUCGGACAAGGAGGACCCUCGUCUCCAGGCUCUUAGGCGCCUUGUAAUCCAGGAGAUGAUUGCUCGUGGAUUCAAGCACUUCGCGAACUCGAAGCUGCGCAAUGUGUCCGCUCCUUUCGCCGCGCCCUGCGUUGCGCACUUGCUCAACUGCCUUCUCGGUGGUGAAGUUAACGCAAAGCCUGUAGCUGAGAGCGAUGCCGACCUGAAGGCACUCUACCCUGAGAACGACUUCAGCUUCGAGAAGUUGACGCCUGAGGAUGUCAAGAAGGAGAUCACUGCGCAAGUUGCUCUGAGAUACCGUUUCGAACUCGAUGAAGCUUGGAUUGAGCCUGGCAAGAAGCUGCAGAUGCUUCGUGAGGUAGCUCUAAAGCUUGGUCUACAACUCGAGAACAAGGAAUACGCGUUCACGAAGGAGACCGCGGCAAGCGAAACGUCGACCGCUGCCCCCGCCACCAAUGGCACUUCGACCUCGAGCAAGAAGAAGAAGGGCAAGACUGCGUCACCCGCUCGCGCUGCUAGUCCUGCGCCACAGAAGACAGUACAGACUUUCCACGCUGAUGACAUCCUCAACAUCGUCCCGAUCGUCAAGGAAGCGUCGCCAAAGAGCUUGUUGGCCGAGGAGGCUUUGGAGGCGGGCCGCAUGUCGGUUGCCCAGGACCAGAAGGAGUUGGGACAGGAGCUCCUCCUGGAGUCUCUGACCCUACACGAGCAGAUCUACGGUGUCCUGCACCCAGAAGUUGCACGUGUCUACCACACAUUGUCAAACUUGCUAUUCAACCUUGAUGACAAGGCGGCAGCUCUUGAGCUCGCUCACAAGGCAGUCAUCGUUUCUGAGCGCACCCUUGGUGUUGAUCACACCGAUACCGUGCUGGCGUACCUGAACCUUGCUCUCUUCGAGCACGCUACCGGCAACGGCAACACUGCUCUUGUCUACGUCCGCCAUGCCCUGGAGCUCUGGAAGAUUGUGUACGGUGUCGACCACCCUGACUCCAUCACGACGCUCAACAAUGCGGCAGUGAUGCUUCAGACGUUGAAGAACUUCCCUGAGUCCAAGGUUUGGUUCGAAGCCUCGCUCAGCAUCUGCGAAGAGGUUUCUGGCAAGACUUCGAUCAACACCGCUACUCUCCUCUUCCAGACCGCACAGUCUCUUGCGCUUGUUAAGGACAUGUCUGGCGCUGUCAAGCGCAUGCGAGAGUCAUUCCAUAUCUUCAAGGACGUCCUAGGCGCUGACGACCGCAACACCAAGGAGGCCGAGCAAUGGCUGGAGCAGCUCACUACCAGCGCCGUCACACAGGCAAAACAAAAUCAAGCUCUGGCUUCUGGCCGCCUCCGCCGCCUCCAGCUCGGCAACCGCGGUGCUCUGCGCCCGCAGGCCGCAGUAGGACAGACUACCAACGAGACAACGACUGCGAACCGCCCGCGCAGCGGCACUAACCGUGUCGAUCAGCGGAGCAUCGAAGAGCUUAUGAAGUACAUCGAGGGUGAGAGUCCCAAGAAGACGCCUAAGAAGCGAACUCCUACGGCAAACCCUAAGCGGAGGGGAGGCAAGGCUUCCUCAUAGCGGACUUUAGCAUCGAUAUCCGUUCAACCUAUAUCGACAUGACCAAAAGUACACAUUGCUUUGAUUUUACGGCCGACAUUGACUUGUUUGUAACAUUAGCCAUUUAAUGCUUCCCUUUGUACGCUUGCGCUGCAUUCUUUGGAUUGUUCGUCUUUGCGAAAACAUCUCACCUUGGUCGGCUGCGGAUCAUCUUUUGUGUUUGGAUGUAGGGCUGGUUUGGCGCAUGGGAGGGAUUGGAAUGGGGCAUGGAGGGUGCAUGGGUGGGAGACGUCCACAACGGUUGGGUUUAACGAUGCUGUAUUAUACAAUGGGGUCGUGCAUGGCGGGAAAG